CUUGUGAAAAAGGUUGGGCCUGGGGUGUCGAAGCUAUCCGAUCGCUCCAUCCCAGGCGUGUUCAUCGGCUAUGAAGACAAUGCCAAGGCAUAUCGGGUUUAUGAUCCGGUUGCAAAGAAGUUGUAUGUGUCACGUGAUGUGGUGUUUGAGGAGGAGAAGAAGUGGAACUGGGAAACCAAUACUGGCAGACAAGAUCCUGACUGGUCUGGCACGUUCACUGUUGUGUAUACUCCCAGGGACAUGGGAGACAGCUUGGGAUCCAACGGAGGCACCCAAGAGGUGUCCGACGCACCGGGGCAGCAGUCGCCGGCUACACCGGAGCGGCCGCCGCCGGCCACGCCAUCCAUGCCGACCACCUCGACUGGUGUGGAGUUUGUCAGUCCGCCGAUGGGAGGUUCGUGUGACUCGGAAGGGAUGCCACUCCGUUACCGUUCGCUGGAAAAUCUUCAACAGACGACGCUGCCGGUCGAUGACACGGUGAUGUCGGACGUCAACGACUUCAGCGGGUUUUGCCUCGUGGCUGCCGAGGAGCCAGACAGCGUGGAACGUGCGCUGGCCGAACCCAAUUGGCGGCGUGCAAUGGAGGACGAGAUGAGCUCCAUCCGUGGAAAUGAAACCUGGGAGUUUGCAAGGCUUCCAGAAGGGCAUCGAGCCAUUGGGCUUAAGUGGGUUUUUAAAGUAAAACGAGACCCUGCUGGUAACAUCGUCAAGUACAAGGCACGACUAGUGGCGAAAGGGUAUGCGCAGCGCCAGGGGGUGGACUUUGAUGAAGUGUUUGCUCCGGUGGCACGCUUGGAGAUGGUGCGGCUGCUACUUGCUUUGGCUGCACAUGACGGUUGGUCAGUUCAUCACAUGGACGUCAAAUCAGCGUUCUUGAAUGGUGAUCUUGAGGAAGAAGUCUAUGUGCAGUAGCCUCCCGGAUUUAUUGACGACAAGCAGGGCGGUGCAGUACUCAGGCUGCGCAAGGCAUUGUAUGGGCUGCGGCAAGCACCGCGAGCCUAGCAUUCCAAGUUGGACGCCACCCUGGUGUCACUUGGUUUUGAUCGAUGUCCCAUGGAGCAUGGUGUGUACAAGCGAAAGACUGGUGAUGAUCUACUGCUAGUUGGAGUAUAUGUGGAUGAUUUAAUCGUUACAGGGUCCAAAGAUACUGAUAUUGAGGAGUUCAAGGCUCAAAUGGGGAAAUUGUUCAGUAUGAGUGAUCUUGGUCUCCUGAGUUAUUACUUGGGGAUCGAGGUACAACAGUCUAGAGGAAUAAUCACCAUGUGUCAAAGUAGCUAUGCAAAGAAGAUCCUAGAGAUGUCUGGGAUGAUCGGCUGCAAUGCUUGUGCAACACCUAUGGAGAACCGACUGAAGUUGAGCAAGAAAGAUGGCAGUGCAGCUGUGAAUCCAACCGAGUACAGAAGCAUAGUGGGAAGUCUCCGUUACUUGGUAAAUACUAGGCCUGAUCUUGCUUACUCAGUUGGCAUAGUCAGCAGAUAUAUGGAAGCUCCAACAUCACAGCAUAUGGCUGCCGUGAAGCAUAUUUUAAGAUAUCUGAGUGGAACUAUUGGAUUUGGUUGCUGCUAUCGCAAACAAGACCAGUCUGAUAAUGGCUUGAUGGGCUACAGUGACAGCGAUAUCGCUAGUGAUCUCGAUGAUCGGAGAAGCAUGUCAGGUGCAGCUUUCUUCCUUGGAGCAAGCUUGGUUACUUGGACGUCACAGAAGCAGAAAGUCGUGGCGCUCUCAUCGUGUGAGGCUGAGUACAUCGCAGCCGCGUCAGCUGCGUGUCAAGGUCUGUGGCUAUCUCGCUUGCUUAAUGACUUGAUUGGAGGUGCAGCGAAGAAGUUCAAGUUGUUGGUGGACAACAAGUCGGCCAUAGCGCUUACGAAAAAUCCUGUUCAUCAUGACAGAAGCAAACAUAUUGACACCAAAUUCCAUUUUAUUCGUCAGUGUGUUGAGGAAGAAAAGGUUCAGAUUGAUCACAUUGGCACAGAUGGUCAGCUAGCUGAUUUACCCACCAAGCCACUUGGGCGUGUCAAAUUCCUGGAGUUAAGGCGGAAGCUGGGUGUCGAGAACGUGAAGGUGACAAGGCUUAGGGGGGUGAUUUGUUAGACUAAGCCUGUCACAUUUAGCUGGUUAGUUAUUCAUUUGUUUGUGCAUCCGUGGCAGGUCAUUGGAUUCUGUCACGAGUUAGUUUCUCUUUUACAUGUUGCAUGAGCCAGAGGCGCGCAGAGUUCGCGUCAUGGCCGAGAGUGCGUGUGUGCGUGACUCGCCAAGAAUGCAGCGUUGAUCAGCACUUCGUGGGAUGGCGCGGAGGAAGUGGUCAUAGCGGCUGAAUAGGUGAAGCUGUUAGUUUGUUAUGCAUGUAAUCGUUGGAGAAUAAAUGAGAUAAAAAAACCAGAAAAGCUGCAAGACGUUGCGCGGCACCAAAAACCUGUGUUCUUGUGUUCAUCUCUGUUCGUUUUGCUUUCACGCGCGUCUACACUUUUGUUUUUCCUGUGUUUAUCCAAGUGAUCGCGUGUGUGAGGGUUUUGCCACAACAAGGUCCGUAUACACUUCGUCUUCUUCCUCUCGAUCAAUUCGUCUCUGAUGUGUUCGUCCGUUGGCAUGGC